AGAGCUCUGCAGUCCUCCAGUGGAGUGCAGAUCAGGUGGUUGCAGAGCCCCAGCCAGCAGCAAGACGAUGCAGCUGAAGAGGCAAGCACAAUCCAAGCACAAUCCACAGACAGCAACUGUGGCUACUGCCUAGAACAAGACGACCUCUAAGCUUCAGUCUUUCCCAGGAAGGAUGUGCUGAUACUGCAGGAGAAAUGAGGGCAACAAUGGAAUACCAGAUAUUGAAAACAUCUACCUGUCUGCUGGUCCUUCUGUUUUUCAUACCCACUGUUCUGGGUAUCUGUCCUUCUAGCUGUACAUGCUCAGGAAACGACAGGAAUGUGGACUGUUCAGGCAGAAACUUAACUAUACUGCCACAUGGACUGCAAGACAACAUUACAUAUUUAAAUCUGUCCUUUAACCAGUUCCUAGAUCUCGAUCAUCAGCUAACGAGAUUCACUAAUUUAAGGACCCUUGAUAUUUCAAAUAAUUGGCUGAAGAAUGUUCCUGCACAUCUGCCCAAGUCCUUAUGGGAAUUAUAUGCCAUAAACAACAACAUUAAAGUUCUUCAGAAACUUGACACAGCUUACCAGUGGAACCUUAGAGUGCUCGAUGUUUCCAGGAAUAUGGUGGAGAGAGCAGUUCUGAUCAAUAACACACUGAGCAGUCUCAAGUUUCUCAAUCUCAGUAGCAACAAACUCUGGACAGUCCCAACCAAUAUGCCCUACAACAUAGAGACAGUGGAUCUAUCCAAUAACUUCUUGUCCCAGAUACUCCCAGGAACACUGCUGAGGUUACACCACCUCUCGAGCCUCUACCUGCACAACAACAAGUUCACCUCCAUUCCUGACAAAGCUUUUGACCAGCUCCUUCAGCUGCAAGUAGUAACACUCUACAACAACCCAUGGGCCUGCAGUGACCAACAGAAUAUCCUGUACUUGCUGAGGUGGGUGCAGGAAACAGCUGCCCAUGUGGUCGGAGCCCCCUGUGCCAAGGCCACCCCAACCCCUGGCACAGGCUCCAGCCUCCUGAUCAAGGGAAUGAAGGCUGCUUUUCCAGUGGCAACUGAGCCAAGCGAAAUGACCAAAAUGCAUAAACAGCUCAGAGCUAAGGAAGUCCCCAGCUUGGCAACCUUCAGCCAAAGCCUCCUCUUCACCAGCACCGAGCGGCCGCUGCUCCUGCACCCCGAGGAGCUGAGCACGGGGCAGGCUGGGUCCCAGGCUGGCUCUCAGGAAGCAGCUGCCACCCACACCUUCUACAUCAAAGAUCCAGCAGAGCUCUACUCCAGCCUGACUCCUUCAGCAGGAUCAUCCACCACUCCUAUGACUUUAAGCAUCACCAGUGGAAUGCCAACAAACUACUCCAAAAUGCCUCAGAGCACAACUGCUACCUUAAGGAAAGAGGAAUCCACGACAAACAUUCUGAAUACUCAUGUGCCCUCCAAAGCAAGGAUCUCUGAGAUGUCUCUGGUUUGUGUUGUCAUGCUUAAUGCUGUGGCUAUGUUUACUGGCUAAGGGCUUGUGUCUUGUGAAACUACUGAGUUUAUUCCUGUGAUACAUAGCUAAGACAUCCAGGUCAAAUAAUGAAUCAAAAUACAAGAAAUUCCAAGUUCUGACUCUGAUCUAAAGAAAGUAACAGUUCUUAAUUAAAGAAGUGCACAUUAAUGUCUUGAUACUAAGCUGCUACUUAUUUUAAUAUGUCUUAAUUCAGUAAAACUAACCUAUGAUUUUGUUUUUUAAAAAGUGCUUAUUUUGUAUUUAAAUUUUUAAUUUUACUUGCACAGAAUAAAACAUCAGAAUUUUAAGUACUGAUUUUAUGUAUGAUUUUGUCAUUAAACAACUGGAAAAAAAAUACAAGGCCUGUAUCAUAUCUGCAUUGUCUUGCUUGACUGCCAGUGAGCAAUUCUUGUAAUAUAGCAGCACAGACUCUUUGUAAGUUAUGACAACAUGCAAAAGGAAGGGAACAAUAAAGAACUAAACCUAGCUGUUUCAC